AUUCAUUUUCCUCUUUCUCUCACUGAUUCUUCCCAGAGCCGUUUUGUCGGUUUGUGGGAUUGAGCUCCCCAUCACAAAACUCCUCCAUUCUUCUCUGGUUACUACUGUUGCUUCCAUCAAGGGCGUCAGGCUCUGCAUUGCCCACUCCCUUCUCCUCCAUUACAAUCUUAGUACACCAGCACCAUCAUUACCACAACAUCUAGCCAUAACCACAAAACCCCCCUCAACAUAAUACAUUCUAUCGAGGAAAGAAGAACACAAAAAAAAAGGAAGCACAACAGCAAAAAAACCUACAUGGAUCACUUCUCUUGCUGCUCCUUCCUUAUCCUCAACCUUGUUCUGCUUAUGACUGGUAGAGGUGUAAUGGGUGCUACAUUCACUUUUGUCAACAAAUGCGACUACACUGUCUGGCCUGGCAUUCUAGCCAAUGCCGGCAGUCCUAGACUCGACAGCACCGGAUUUGAGCUCCCAAAGGACACUUCCCGUUCUUUUCAAGCCCCAACCGGUUGGUCCGGCCGCUUCUGGGCCCGAACUGGCUGCAACUUUGACGACUCUGGAUCCGGAUCCUGUAUUACUGGAGACUGUGGUUCGGGCCAAGUUGAAUGCAACGGACUUGGAGCCGCCCCGCCUGCUACCCUGGCUGAGUUCACACUUGGGACGGGUGGGCAGGACUUCUAUGAUGUCAGUCUUGUGGACGGCUACAACCUCCCUAUGGUAGUUGAAGGGAGUGGCGGGUCGGGUAUGUGCGCUUCGACGGGUUGCUACACGGAUCUGAACAGACAGUGCCCAGCAGAGCUAAGGAUGGGUGACGGUGAUGCGUGCAAGAGCGCGUGCGAGGCCUUUGGGAGCCCCGAGUACUGUUGCAGCGGCGCGUUUAACACACCCACUACAUGUAAGCCGUCAGUUUACUCGGAGAUGUUUAAAGCUGCAUGUCCUAAAUCGUAUAGCUACGCAUAUGAUGAUGCCACCAGUACUUUCACAUGCACCGGCGCCGAUUAUACUGUGUCGUUUUGCCCGUCUUCCCCAAGUCAGAAAUCUUCAAGCUAUUCAACACCAAUGACAGCAGAAACAACCACCCCAGGGGAAGUGUCAGGGUCAGGAUCAGGGCUAGAGUAUUCGGGUUCAGGUGCAGAUUCUGGUUCUGUGUCGUUAUCUGGAUCCGGAUCUGGUUCUGGUUCUGGAGAAACCAUGCUAGCAGAUGGAUCAUGGUUGGCUGGUCUAGCCAUGGGGGACUCACACAGGACAGCCUCUCCUACUGCUCUAAAAUCUGCACUAAUGGCUAUCAUUCUCAUGAUUUGUUUGAUUUGCUUGUAGCACUAGGAACCUUUCUGGUUAAUCUGCCUUGUGGCUCCUGCCGUUUCAAUGUGAAUUGGUUAAAGAUUUGCAGGCUCUGGGUGGUUGCUUGAAUUUUGCCUUUUGUUGGGAUAGCUGACAGAUUUUCUCUCUCAUCCAGUUUGUAAACCACCCACUUCCAAGAUUCUCUUCUAAAAUUUCCAAUGUUAAGUAUGUAAAAGAGUUCUUGUUUCUAUAUUAUAAUUUUUUGGGGUUA